UUCUCAUUAAUAUUCAUGACGUACCCAAGAGUUGCGACUUGUUCAUGUGGAUACAUUUGUGAAGCCACGGUCGGUGUGUUUACCUUUGUAUAUUAACGUGAUGUGAAUAUAUCCUUCUUCUACGCCAAAGGAAUAACGAUGUAAGAACGCCUCUCCAAAACCUCUUGACCAGAGAAAUGUGGAAGCUUCAACAUAUACUGUUUUUCAGGGACUGCCUGUCUUUUGUGUAGGAAAACUGAGGUGAACAUUUAUUAGGAAAAAAAUAUACUGAAAUAAACAUUCAUUAGUAAAGAGUGACAUCAGAAAGGAAAAUAUAAUGGCCAGAAAUUGAGAGAAGACUGGAGACAUGAAUCAACAAAAUAUCUUAAUUUGGAUUAUUUGUUGCCACAUUGUUCACAGUAUAGCUGGAGACCUCUUCUGGUGCGAUCGCGCUUCAGAUCCAUGUUUGGAAGCAAGUUCAACGUCAAUGUAUCAGGAAUAUUUGCGUUCUGAAAAUUGUCCCCCUAAAAGUGAGCAUUACUUAUGUGAUAGAUACCUACAAAUCCAAUGGUAUAAAACAGAAGAAGAUUUACUUAGUCAUUGUCCAUCACUACAUUCAUGUGGAGCUGAAUUUCCAUUGUGGAUGAAUGAGUCCCUACCAAGCGUCAGUGAUGGAAUUGUGGAUCGAACAGUUUGUAAGCGAGGAUUUGGAGAUUGUUGUGUGAAAACAUACGGCAUAAAGAUUAAGAACUGCACAUCGUUUAUGGCAUAUUGUCUUAUACCUCCUGGUGGAUGUACAGAGAGAUACUGCUUUGGCGAAAACGGAACUUGUGAAGCUCCUCCUGAAUCAAUUACUACAUCUAUGGUGGGAACCAUUACAGGUUUGACAAAUCAAACAACAAGACAUUACAGAAAAGAAGAUGAUAAUGAAAAUGAUCCAGAAGUUUUUAUAUGGAUUGGCACCUUUUCUGGAUUACUGGGUUCAGGUUCUGUAACAAUAAUUGUAGUCGUCAUCAGGAAAAAUAAAAAGGACAACAAAGUGAUAGAUAAAGGAAUAAAAAAGUCGACAAUUGUAAAUAUUCAUAUUCCUGAUACAAACUUUGACUCCAAAGAGGCAAAAAUGGAGAAAACGCAAAGUUAAACUAUAGAGUAACGCAGUUUUCCAUUUUAACUGUUUUCUUGUUUUUUCAUGAAUAGUUGCUUGUGCUUGUAUAAUAUGAAUUUUAAACCAUUUCAUUUUUUUUAUAAAUACAUCAUUUUAAGUAGACAAAAUCUUAAAUUAUAGUGAUGCGACCUU